CCUGGGUGCGUUAGAAGCGUCACGCAGGACAGCGUUGAAGUGGUUAAACGGGCGAUGUGACGGCGAGUUUUGAGAAGAUAAGUUUAGAGCAGGUUGGUUGUGGAGGAGAACAAUACUCCAAACGAGGGGAUUUAUGUAUUUUAUAAGGACACACAGCUAACUGGAAUAACUUGUGUUGAUAUAAUUUGGGAUAGAGGGCAGACGAGGGCAGCCCCGUGAGGGCAAGUGUGUGCUGUGGCGCUCCUGUUAGCGAAAGAUGAACAAGAACCACCGAGUGCCGAGCAACCGGACUCUGGGCGCCGUGGAGGUGAAGAGCAAGUUUGUGGCUGAAUUCCGCCGGUUCUCCCUGGACCGGUCCAAGCCGGGCCGGUUUGAUGAGUUCUAUAGGCUCCUACAGCACAUGCACCGCAUCCCAAACGUGGACCUGCUGGUGGGCUAUGCUGACGUCCACGGUGACCUGCUGCCAAUCAACAACGAUGACAACUACCGCAAAGCCAUCUCCGUGGCUGACCCCGUGCUACGCCUCUUCCUGCAGAGGAAAGAGGAAGCCGACUACUCUGCGUUUGGUCUGGACUCUCUGACCCGUCCCAAGAAGACGGUCCUAGCGGCCAUGUUGCUAAGGCCUGAUGCCAACCGGAAGAAGCCCCUUGUGAUCAUCAGCCUGCCCAGGGACUUCAGGCCCGUCUCCUCCAUCAUCGAUGUGGAUAUCCUCCCUGAGACACACCGCCGGGUUCGCCUCUACAAGCACGGCCAGGAGAAACCGCUGGGCUUCUACAUCCGAGACGGCUCCAGUGUCCGGGUCACGCCCCAGGGCCUGGAGAAGGUUCCUGGGAUCUUCAUCUCCCGCAUGGUGCCUGGGGGCCUGGCUGAGAGCACUGGCCUGCUGGCCGUCAACGACGAGGUUCUGGAGGUCAACGGCAUCGAGGUGCAAGGCAAGUCCCUGGACCAGGUGACAGACAUGAUGAUCGCCAACAGCCACAAUCUCAUCGUGACGGUGAAGCCGGCCAACCAGCGCAACAACAUCGUACGGAGUGGCGGGGGCGGGGCAGUGUCCGGGAGCUCAGGGCACUCGUCCGACAGUGGCACCAGUUUCUACGGCUACUCCUCCCCGGGCAUUGCCGUGGCGACGACUCCGGCAGACAUCAUCCAGAACUUCCAUCCAGAGGAGCUGGACAGUGAUGAGGAUGAUGAGGACCUGGUGAUAGAGGUGGACGGAGAGGCCCUGCCCAUCCCACGGACCUCCUCGGCCAGCUCUACCGUACCCUUCAUUCCUCGCUACAUGCCCCACCUGGACCUCCGCACCACCAACGGAGCCCUGGCCUCCCACAACCUCUCCGGCUCACUGGGCACGCUCAGCACUGCCGACAGGGGCCUGGAGGGAAGGAGCUUAGAGGAGGAAGGCACCGUCAUUACACUGUAAACACACACUGUCGUAAGUUGCACAGUAUUUACGGGAAUGCAAACACAUAGUCUGACAUACACUGAAGCGUACCCUCAUGCAUACACAAAGAACGACAACAUCCACACAUGCGUUGCCAUAGUACCGACAGUGCCCUCCCUAUGCUGUCUGACAGACACAUUGAUUACCCGUGGUGUUUUGUGUGGAGGAGGAAAUUGACUCUGCCUCGGAGAAAGGCCUCCAACUUCUCAUUGACAACCAUAAAAAGCACUUGUUUCUAUUUCGUGAGGGGGAGACUUUUUCUGUGGUCUUCCACUUGAGGGCAGCAAUGAGAUGCUACACUGUUGUUUUUUCAAUUUUGUGAACCAUAGGAAAGGACUGAUUUUUAAUGAAUGAACGAACAAAUGAAUGAAUGAUUGCAGAUAUCUUUAGGCUUUGACCUUUCCCUAGCUAUUCUGCCCUGGUUUGUUUAAUAGAGGAGACUACAUUUCACAAUCUGCUUUUGCCUUGUCACUUUGCAAACGACAACAACCACUCCCCUAGGAGAUUACAGCUUGUGAUUUGGGAACAAAAGUAAUGGCUUCUAUCCUACAUGUUACCAUACUAACUACCAAAGAGUAGAGGUCUGCAAUAACACUCAGAUUUUAGUCUGAGGAGAAACCAUGUAUAUGGGUCUCUCUUCAUGGACCCGGACAUUAACCACUUCCUGUGUUUCGUCUCCAAGCUUUUAAUGUUGAUAAUCACAAGAAAAAAAACUAGAAUCAAUUAUGCAAAGCAACUGAAAUGACACAAUCUCUUAAAGGGGCAAUCAGUAAUUGCUACAUCCAAUUUUAGACGUUUAAAUUAAUGAUGUGUGUGUGUAUGUACAUACAUACACAUAUAUACAUACACUCAUUGAUUCUUGAAGAAUAUAACUAAUAAAAGCCUAGUGAGCUUAGUUCUAUUGUCGAACCCCUAUCAGAAUCCAAAAUAUAAGCUUGUCAUACCCCUUGGUUUGUAGACUAGGUAAAUGCAAACAAUCACUGUAUAGCGCCAACAUGGUUAGAACUAUAAUUUUGUUAUCAUGGAUUGUCAUUCCUUGUAUCCGUAGAUCUGUCCAUGAGUUCGAGAGUAUUUUCAAUACUUUAAACCCCAUCCUUCAGCCUUCUACCAAAAUAGUGGCGGGGAGUCAGUUUUGUUGUUUUGAACCGCAGAUUGCCGCUCUAAAUAUUUUCAUUCUAUUUCUUUUACGGUUUUAUUUCAAUCUAAAAUGGUUCACUCUGUGAUUUAUUUUUUAUUUAGUUGAAAAUGAGUGUCUCAAUUCACCGUCACGGACCAACACCUCAUCUGACAGGUGUGCUGUCCCUGCCUGGAUGAAGAGCCAUCUUGUCGUGAGGAAAGAGAAGUUGGAUGAAAAACAAGGGCAAUUUACCCCACUUCGUGUACAUAGUGUGAUAGAAGGUGAUUUGUAAAUGUGAUUCUCUGAUUUCUCAGACCAUAACGCUUCACUCAUCUCAGCAUGUUCUCUCUCUCUCAUCUGUCUGUCUGGUUUGGGAGGAUUUGUAACAACAGAUGGUGGCAUUCUUAGUUUUCCAACUCUGAGUUCACUUGGAUGUGGCCUGAAUCAUUCACAUUUGAAGAGUGUCCUCGCUUCAUGUACAGUAUUUAUUCACUAUUUCAUUGUGUAUUGUUUGGAGUAACCCCUCAACCGAUCUUCAACAGAAUGUGAUACUGGUAUAGAUGACUAGCUGGACUGUGACACUGAGUACUACAGAGAUGUUACGUAACUUAGAGCGAGGACGCUAAUGACCCCAGCGAGGAUGGAUGGGACUGUUAUAGAACCCAGUCUGCAGAAAGAAGUGAGGUUAUUUUGUCUUGCACACGCUCUCACACAUACCCACCCGGUCUCUGUGUUUGAGUAAGGUGGAGUUUGUCUAGCGCUAUGCGUUAUGACUUGGAUCAGGUGAGCACAGGUCUAUUCCCCUUUGUUCCUGGUCACAUGACAUCACCUGAUGACUGUACCGACCUGUUCAGGAAGGUGAACACCAGCAAGUUCAUUAGAAUGUCAUUAGUGUAGAGCCAACAGACUUCCCCAAAACACAAGACAGGAUAGCACUGCAGAACAUCCUCAUUCCAAUAGAUUGUAGUUUUAUUCUGUGUGUUUAGUUGCCAGUGAGCGUGUUGUGAAGUAUAAUGAGAAUUUAGACUAAGGCUGUACUCAACAUGUAAACAUUAAAUGAUGCUAACAGACUCCACUGAGAGCAGAUGGUGUAUCGAUGUCCAUUUCUCCUAUUGCUUUUUGCAAUCCUCUCUGAUGGGGAUGCAAAAUGUACUGGGAACAGUUGCCUCCCUCACCCCCCUCUCUCCUCCUCAGUCUGACUGCAAUGGGUCUUACCUGCAGAAAUACCUGAUGAGAAUCAUAAACACUGGAUCACUGUAAUCAGACAUGCCAUCUACUCAGAGUAGGGUAUCAUGUGAACUCAACUCCCCCUCCUUUUCAUACUGUGAGGUACAGUACUACUCUAUUCUCUGUUAUGGUACAGGGUGUUGAAGAGUUGGGAUUGCUUUCUCUCCCUCUCAUUCCAAACAGUUCUGGAACAUUCAAGGCAUGAUGAGUCACAUUUUAGAAUGGAAAGAUUUUUUUUUUUUUUUAUCUGUUAAUUUAUUAUUGUUUUAACUACACAGGACAUGGGGAUCGUAACCACAACUAUUUAUUUUCUAAUCAUGUUUCUGUAUAUUCCUUUUCAUUGCUAAGUCAGUAAACAUUUUAAUGUGUUAUAACUGAUCCACUGUGUUAAUUCGUGGUUUAAUUUCAUUUUGUAAUCUGUUUUUUUCCUUUUUUCCAAAAGUGAUUUUGUUAAAUAGCUUAUUUUCUGUACGAACAGCUUCUAGGGGUUUAGAUCAUGACACUUUUCCUGUACUGUGAAUUCCUCUAUUCCUGGGAGAGACCUGUAUGUUUCAGAGAACACUAACCAGGCUUCGGAAUUUGGUUUGUGUCUGUUCCUUUUUUUUUUUUUUUUUUUUAAGAUAAUGAGCAAUGAUUUUUGCUUGUCAGAUAAAUCAAGGUAUAGAUUUGUGCUGAAAAUUGUCAGUAUUUUCUUAUUGAUAGUAUAUGAUGUACAUUUUUAUCACAUUUUAAUGAAAAGGUAAUAAAGAAAUGUAUGCAUUUA